CGGGGCCGGGGCUCUUCGGGUGGCCGCCGCGGGGGUGGGGGAGGAGCACCGCCGCUUCCGCCGCCCGCGGGGAUCCCCCCGGGACCGGCGCCCGGGGAAGUCCCGGGUGUGCGCGGGUACAAAAGCCGGCGCCAGGGCUCCAGGCCGGCAGUCCUCAGCGAUGUCACGCGGGCUCCAGCUCCUGUUCCUGAGCUGCGCCUGCAGCCUGGCGCCCGCGGCGCGGGAGGUGAAGGUGGUCUGUUCAGAGGAUGUGGACUUGCCCUGCACUGCCCCCUGGGACCCUCAGGUCACCUACACGGUCUCCUGGGCCAAGCUCACAGACGGAGGUGCAGAAAGGGUGGAGGUGACCCAGGAAGACCUGCAAUCCCCUCAGCAGAGGAACUCUUCAGAGGUCCCCAGGGAAAGGCUGUACUCCCUGAAGAUCCGAAACACUACGAGCUGCAACUCGGGGACCUACAGGUGCACUCUGGUGGGUCCGGAAGGGCAGAGAAACCUGAGUGGCACCGUGAUCCUCCAAGUGACAGGAUGCUCUAAGGAACGCAGAGGAGAGACUUUUAAGAACUACAGAGCUGAGAUCGUCCUGCUGUUGGCCCUGGUCAUUUUCUAUGUAACACUCAUCAUUUUCACUUGCAAGUUUGCACGACAGCAGAGUAUAUUUCCAGACUUUUCUAAACCUGCCCUGGAACAUGCUUUCCUCCCAGUCACCUCUCCAAAUAAGCAUCUGGAACCAGUGACUCUUCACAAGACAGAACUGGUGUGAGCUGGGUUUCUGCACCUUUUUUCUGAGGCCGAAAGCUCUGUGGUGUGCGUCCACGUCAGGAGAAGCAUGAGCCCCACGUGAAGACAACAUCCUUCCUGUGAAGCCCUUCUCUUGACCGAAGCAUCCCAAAGUAGACCCCACCACACUGUCCUUGAGCAGGGCUUUGAGAAUUCUGAUGUGAUCACCACGCAUGGAGCUGCCUGCAAGGUGCUUUCCAGUGUUGCUGCUUCAUGACCUUCUUAGCAUUUUAUUCAGCUAUCUGGUCAACCUCUUGGAUGGGGGUAUUUUUUUUUUUUUUUUUCCAGUCCUAGAAAAGCUAUGGUGAGAUGCAGUUGGAAAAGGACCUUGGGAAAUACGAGUGCCCGGAGCUGGUCCUUUGUAGACUCUUGAGGACAGCUGUCCUCUUCCACAUCUGGAGCAUAUCUCCGAAUGUGCUGUGUUUUCUUGUCUGAGCCCAGAUGUUUUAUGUCUGGGAGAUAUCGACAGGCCAAGCUGUGAAACAGGGGGAAAUAUUUAGCAACUAAUUUCCCACCGUGAAGGCCCUUCUAUUACCAAGGGGUAGGAUGUGUACAUAGAAAUAGCAGGUCGGUGAACCGCCCCCAACUGGGCCUUUUUAAUCUGGGAAAGACAUCCAUAAAGAGGCAAGAGCAAAGAGUGCCACAUUUAUUUUUAUUAAUUCAUCUGUGUAUUCUUGUCAAAAAAGGAUUUGUGGUUUUUCUCCUUUUGAAAUCCGUAUCUUCAGUUCAAUGUCAUUGUAACUGACAAGGAACGUGCUUAUGGAGGGUGAGAAGUCAGAGACCGUGUCAGUAGGAGAGAGACAUGCAGGGACCUGACAGAAAAUGCUGGAGCAAUCGUGCAGUCUGGGUGCUGGCGCCAGUUGUCCCCCUACCUAGCUGUCUGAUCCUGGACAAGAUCCCCAUGGUUUCUGGUUUUUCUGUUGUAAACCAAAAGGUUGUCAUAUGUGUUGAUUGAAAAAAAAGAUGUAUGUGGAAAUGCUUUGAAAGAGUAUAAAGCACUAUCCAGAUUCCAGACUUCUUUUGGUCAUUUUCCUUAUUACUCCAGUGGUGUUCUGGGCAUGAGAAAAUACUUUUCAUUUUUCAUGUUUUCCAUCGUCCCAAACAAAGAAGGCAACAAGGGACACUUUCCCAUCGUCUUAUGUAUGAAUUCCUUUGGGGAAGUGAAGCCGGUUGAGUGGUCUGUUCUUGAAGCAGCAGCCAAAAGUUAACUCCAAGAUAUGGACACUCAGGAGUUACCCAGCCAUGGGGAGAAGAGCGUUCUCAAAUGUUCCAUUGAUGGUCUGGCAAUUGUUGGGUUUCUCUUAUCAAACUUGGCCCUCUCCCCACUUACUUUCCAAAGAGAAUAUUGCCCACGCUAUUAUUAGAGAGUUAAAAGAAUGCCAAGUUUACUGGUUUUGCCUCUGUCAUAGUUCUCAUGUGAUUAAAUGUGUGUGUGUGAA